UUAACCUUGAUUCUUUUCUGUAGAAAACUGCACUUGGUUUGGUUUCCUUGACAACCUUGUGGGGGUGUCUUUAAUUUGUUACAGUCCAUCUCCUACUGAUCGUGCUUUCCUUUUCCUGCUGAAGCCACUAGCAUGGGUUACAGGCUGGGAAAAAGUGCCACUUGGCUUGUGCUAAUUCCUUUUGAAAUAAGCAUUCGUAUCAGAAGUCACAUGGCCUUUUAUUUUAAAAGUUGUUUUGCUACCCCAAACAGAAGCCAAAAUCAAAAUUGAUGUGAACACCUGCCCCUUAAUUGUUGGCGUCUGACACAUUCGUUCCCCCUGCAACAUCUGUUUGCAUCCCAUGCCCAGCCGAGCUGUGGUCGUGUCAAAGAGUGAAGGCCACAGGGAGAUGUAUUUUUCAUUCCCACACGUGCAUGUGAAACCCUUGCUUUUGUAUUUUUGGUCUUGUAAACCUAGUGAAAUCUAAAGCAGUUCUUGGUAGCUGGCGCUAAGAUAAUGCCCACGGAGUUCGUCAUACCUUUGUUAGUGACACGGGAACCUUACUCAUCGUUCUUGCUAUAAAUGCCUACAACAUGGUGCUCAGUUUUGACCUUUGGAGGUAUACCAAGCUUGGCUACGCAGGCAACACUGAGCCACAGUUCAUUAUUCCUUCAUGUAUUGCCAUCAGGGAGUCGGCAAAGGUAGUUGACCAAGCCCAGAGGAGGGUGUUGAGAGGAGUCGAUGACCUGGACUUUUUCAUAGGGGACGAGGCCAUCGAUAAGCCCACGUAUGCCACAAAGUGGCCAAUAAGACAUGGAAUAAUUGAAGACUGGGAUCUAAUGGAAAGGUUCAUGGAACAAGUGAUUUUUAAAUACCUUCGAGCUGAACCUGAGGAUCAUUACUUUUUAAUGACAGAGCCUCCACUGAAUACACCAGAAAAUAGAGAAUAUCUUGCAGAAAUUAUGUUUGAAUCAUUUAACGUGCCAGGACUCUACAUUGCAGUUCAGGCGGUGCUGGCCUUGGCUGCAUCUUGGACGUCUCGGCAAGUUGGCGAACGCACGCUAACGGGGAUCGUCAUCGACAGCGGGGACGGGGUCACUCACGCCAUCCCAGUGGCAGAAGGUUAUGUAAUUGGAAGCUGCAUCAAACACAUCCCGAUUGCAGGUAGAGAUAUUACCUAUUUCAUUCAGCAGCUGCUAAGGGAGAGGGAGGUGGGAAUCCCUCCCGAGCAGUCAUUGGAGACCGCAAAAGCCAUCAAGGAGAAAUACUGUUACAUUUGCCCGGACAUAGUCAAGGAAUUUGCCAAGUAUGACGUGGAUCCCCGGAAGUGGAUCAAGCAGUACACGGGCAUUAAUGCGAUCAACCAGAAGAAGUUCAUUAUAGACGUUGGCUACGAAAGAUUCCUGGGGCCUGAAAUUUUCUUUCACCCAGAGUUUGCCAACCCAGACUUUAUGGAGUCCAUCUCGGAUGUCGUUGAUGAAGUAAUACAGAACUGCCCCAUCGACGUGCGCCGCCCGCUGUAUAAGAACGUCGUUCUCUCAGGAGGCUCCACAAUGUUCAGGGACUUCGGACGUCGACUGCAGAGAGAUUUAAAACGAGUGGUCGAUGCCAGGCUGAGACUCAGCGAAGAGCUCAGCGGUGGCCGGAUCAAGCCUAAGCCCGUGGAGGUUCAGGUGAUAACGCAUCAUAUGCAGCGCUAUGCGGUGUGGUUUGGAGGCUCGAUGCUGGCCUCGACUCCCGAGUUCUUUCAGGUGUGCCACACCAAGAAGGACUACGAGGAGUAUGGCCCCAGCAUCUGCCGCCACAACCCCGUCUUCGGAGUCAUGUCCUAGUGUUCGCGUCGACGGCGUCUCCUGGUCACGCGGCGCCGGGCUGAGACUGCAGCUCCUGUACAUAGUGGCGUCCAGUGUCGAUGUCGAGAAGCGUGCUUGCGUCGCCGAAUGCAUGAGGCGGUUCCGUGCACGCCCCCCGUGUGCCUGCCGUCCGACGGCCGCCCUCCCUCCCCGCGCCCUCCCCGCCUCCCCGCCUCCCCGCCUCCGAGCUUCUAGUCCGCGGAGAAUUCUGAAGGAAUUCACCUGCGACUUUAAAAAUGGUGAGGAAAUCCCCCCAGAAGAUGGCAAUCUGGUCCCCGUGGGAAAGAAUAUGGGGCUGCACCCCCUUUCCCUCCCGGCCUAUUUUUGUAAAUAAAACGUUAUAAACUUGAAAUACAAAUUGAUGUUUAUAUUUCCUAUUAUUUUGUAUUUCCUGGUAUUUGGUACAACUGGCCGAGCCUAAGCACGAAUAGAUUUUGGUGUCUUGGAGUUGCUGUAAAAACGUUUCUACUUGUGAGGCAUGUUCUGACGUGUCUGUAGGCAAACAAAACAAAACAGCAAACUUUUUUGCCACAUGUUUGCUAGAAAAUGAUCACGCUUUACUGGCGUCACAUGAAGUUUCAACACUAAACGCUGUUGUACGAGAAUCAUUACAGAUUAUGUAUCUCUUCAUUUUCCUAUUUGACCUUUCUGGAACUGUUUUAUAGAAGACGCUGGUUUGCCGUUGGAGUGUUGGAUGAAAUGCUACCGUGCACCGUUGUAAUAAAAGCGGUUAGACUCUUUAUACAGA